AUGCACUUCCUACACUCCUUUGCACUAGCGACGACUCUUUACACAGCCCAGCUCAGUUCUGCUGCUGCAAUUUUCCCAAAGCCAACUCCAAGCUCAUCAGCUGCGCCAGCUGAAUUUCCUACUUUUCCAUUUCGCAGCACUACAGUUCAAAAUAUUUCUUCAUUUCUCAACAUCGUCGCUGCUAUCCCCGACGAUGUGCUUGCGUCAGACGAAAGCUUAGCAGACUACUUUACCGAGAAGUCAAAAUGUCUUAUCAACCACAACCAUAAAUCCAAACGUGGAGACCCUUCGGCAAAUCACCCCAGGAAGAAGCCUGAACAACCCAAGAAUACUCCACAAGAGCCAGGAAACCCCCAAGGAAAAGGCGCGUUCUCGUGGCUAGGCUUUUCAGGGAAAAAGCCAGAGAAGCAACCAGAACCCAAGCCGGAAACGACCCCAGAGAAGGACCAGGGAAGCAAAGGGUUCAGAUUUCCGGGAUUUUCAGGAAAAAAACCAGAACAAGAAUCGGAGCCACAACCAGGACAAUGGACAGAGGUGAAACCAGGGAACGACCAGGCGAAGGAAGGGUUCAGUUUUCUUGGAUCCGGAAAACAAUCUGGAAAAGAAUCGGACCCGAAGCCAGAUGAGACAUCAAAAGAUGACCAAGGAAAGAAAGGGUUUAGCUUUUUUGGACUUGGAAAACAAUCUGAAAAACAACCGGACCCGAAGCCAGAUGAAACAUCCAAAGAUGACCAAGGCAAGAAAGGGUUUAACUUUUUUGGACUUGGGAAACAAACCGGAAAACCAGGGCAAACUACAUCGAAGAGCCCGCAACAAACUAAUGAUGUGCAAUCGAGCACUGCACUACAAGCCCCCACAAUGACCCCGCCGCCAACACCAGAACAAGAUUCAGGUCUACCUGCAAUACCUGCAGGUGUAUUACCUGCAGUUGCUGGUGCAUUACCUGCAAUUGCAGGUGGUGUUCCAUCUCUCUUGGGGGGUCUCCUCAACCCUGACGAAGCGACACCAACCCCAACACCAACCCCAACCCCGGCUACCGACCUAAGCUCCCACACCACACCUGGAGGCUUCAUUUCUGUUCCCACCGCUGCUCUGCCCAAAAUUAGCGCUGCAAUUGCGAACUAUCAAAGCAGAAUGGGGGGCGCGAAACCAACCGGUGGCAUGGACACCAAGCUUUAUGACGAAACCAUGGCAGCUAUUGACAGCUUGAUUGCACCAUUUGCCAGUGCCGUGAUUGACAAAAUCGAACACAAGAUUACAGCUGCUCCCCCAAGUGCCACUGGCCUUGCUGGUGACUUUAAGACUGCUGUGCCCGCGUUCAAUACCGCGCUUGCGGGGUUCCUUGAUGGGAUUGUAUUGAAGCAACGAGAUGAGAAGAAAUGCCUCGAGGCUGAGAAGAUGAGGGGUAUCAAGGGGUGUGUUGAUGCUCUUGCUACCUCGCCUGCUUCUAAACAGUUGGUGGCCUUGAAGGCUGCUCUUCUUGGAGCGGGUGGGGUUGCAAAGGUAGAAGCCGGGGCUAGGAGUUUGACACUCGAGCAUCCGGUGUUAAGUGUGUUGAAGAGAGUGGCUGAGGUUGGGAAAGAGGUCGGGGCCUGCCAAAUUUUGGCUUGA